GAGAAAGCAGCGCUCAUCCUGAACCAUCUGCAUCUACUGCUGCAUCAUCAGGUGAAUAUCUGUCCACAGCAGCGCAGGCCUGAACACAGGACCAGAGCACGAGACGAGGAUCACUCCCAAAACCCCCACUUCAACACAUUUAUGCUUCUCCACAUUAUUUUAUUAUUCGCAACUUUUUCAGCUUUUUCCCGUUGGUCUUGUUCGAGUGGGUGAAACUCAGAAGGAGACUGAGGAACAGGUGUUUCACAGAUUUACAGACGCCAGAGAAACAUGGGAAGAAAGAAAAUACAAAUCUCCCCUAUUAAGGACCAGAGGAAUAGACAGGUGACCUUCACCAAGCGUAAGUUUGGUCUGAUGAAGAAGGCGUACGAGCUGAGCGUGCUGUGCGACUGCGAGAUCGCCCUCAUCAUCUUCAACAGCACCAACCGUCUGUUCCAGUACGCCAGCACGGACAUGGACAAAGUGCUGCUCAAGUACACGGAGUACAGCGAGCCGCACGAGAGUCGCACCAACACAGACAUACUGCAGACCCUGCGCAAGAAAGGCGUCGGCAUCGAUAGCUCAGAGCUCGACAGUGAGGAGAGUGCACUGGUGGCUGCAGAAAAAUAUCCCCUGUGUGAAGGCAUGGAUCUGUCUCUGACUCGUCAGCGCUUCUAUACUCCGUCUCUGCUCACUCCAGAGCCUCAGUUGCAGGUUUCUCCCGGCUGUGAAAACGGCUUCACCAACUCUUCUGGUUCCGUCGUGGCGUCCCACAGAGCCCCGGCCUUUAAACCCAUCAGCUCUAGACCCGGCUCUGCCAGUCCUGCUGCACCGCACACGCACUCUGCUUUCAUGUCUGCACACUCAGGUAUCGGCUACCCCGUGUUGUCCCACAGUAAUCUGAACCGAGCUCUGGACAUGAAAAGUCCUCCUGUUCUGACCCUGGGCAGCGAGAGCCUGCGGGCAGACGCUGCUAAUCAGGCCAUGGCCCCCACACAUGUUAACCACAGCUCUGCUAGGGGUCUCUUGUACCAGGGUCUGCACGGCGGCAGCUCCAUGAUAGCCAUGAGCAAGGCAGGACUGCUGGGCCACAGUCUGGGGGCCUACAGCCUUCCUUCUCCUGCAACCCCUGAGUACAGCCAGUCUGGCUUUUAUCAGUCUGUACAGCGAGGAGCCGUGAACCCGUGGCAAACAGCUCAGCUGCCUCAGGAGCCCCAUGGGCCUCAUACAAGCCCGGGGACGUCCACUGGAGGGUGCUCCUUCCCUUCCCAAUGUUGCCCCUCAACCUCUCCACAUCUGCCCUCCCUCAAUCGCAACAUCAAAUCGGAGCGUUGCUCUCCCGAGCACAUGUCCUCGCCCACCUCUCCCCCCCUGCACCACCACCACCUCAGACAGCUAUCUCCAAUGAGCGACCUUGAGUCGGCUCGCCAUACACCUCCAGAAACCCGGCCAGCCAAUGGCACAAAGGAAUUUCCCACAGCCAGCGGCUACCCACAAGACGAGAAGGAAGGAGGGCAGCCACUGGGGCGGUUAGAGAUGAGUGAUGGCUGGCAGAGAUAGCUGGCUGCUGCGGCACCAUCUCCCCGUCUGUCAACUCUCUGCUCUUUAAAGGCAGUGCUCGUAACAUACACAGACACACACACACACAAAUGUAACACUGAAUAUAUCAAAAUGGGGUCAAUUGGGCCUCGUCCUCCCACAGAGGAAGGAAUGUCUCUCUUUGUCUCACCACACAGAGCUGGUCUCUCCUGGGCAAUCACUCGAUUGAUCCACUGAGGAUCAUGUGAUGCAAAAAGACAUUUGUUUUCUGUUUGGUUUUUGUUUCUUUUUCUUUCUCUUUUU